AUGGGGACGCUGCCGAAACGGAAAGAUAUCCCGCCGUGGGUGAAAGUUCCCGAGGACCUGAGAGGUCCUCAGGUGUUCCGGGUCCAGACGGCGCUGCUGGAAGCCAUGUUUGGCCCCGGGGGAUCUCGAAUCCCAUACAUCGAGCAAGUGAGCAGAACCAUGCUCGAGGUGAAGGUUCUGGGAUCCUCGAACCUCACCGAGGUCAAGGUGUACGGCAAUUACUUGUACAAACUCCGAACCACGUGGAUGCUGCAGUCCAUGGCCGAGAGGCACCGCCUGAGGUGGGAGCGAGGGAUGCUCAAACUUGAGGACGCCAUGAAUGCCCUCGAGCUAAAUAA